CGUAACAGUCGUCCGCUUUGUAACUGUCAAAAUGUCAUAAACAAUAAUAUUGGUCAAAUACAACAAAAUAUCCGUCACUGUCAGUAAAAUAAAAUGUUAAAAGAACUGUGAAAUGUUGGGUUAGGUUAGAAUAAAGGAGCUAUACAAGAACCUUAAAUAAGAAUUAGUAAAACACCAAAAUGCCAAGUCAAUACGAAGAUGAACGGGUUUGGGAAACAUCAAAUCACACUCAGUAUGAGGAGGAAGGUGGAGAAGAUGUCAUCGAGAAUCCCGAAGAAGUUCUUCAAGAGUGUUUGGAGAAAUUCAAAACACCAGAUUACAUUAUGGAACCAGGAAUAUUUGGGCAGCUCAAACGAUAUUUUCAAGCUGGGGGCAAUCCAGAGCAAGUGAUAGAACAGUUAUCCAUCAAUUACAGUGCUGUAGCUCAAAUGGCUAACUUGUUAGCGGAGUGGCUUAUAUUAGGAGGUGUAAAAGUUACUGAAGUCCAGGCAAUGGUUGAAAAUCAUUUAAAAGAUAUGAUUCUAAAAACAUUUGACCCAAAGAAAGCAGAUACUAUUUUUACCGAGGAGGGUGAAACACCAGCCUGGUUAACUGAAAUGAUUGAACAUCCCACUUGGAGGUCCCUCAUUUAUAGACUGGCAGAAGAGUAUCCUGAUUGUCUAAUGUUGAACUUCACUAUAAAGUUGAUAUCAGAUGCAGGUUUUCAAGGGGAAAUCACUAGCAUAUCUACUGCAGCGCAACAAAUUGAAGUAUUCUCCAGAGUUCUUAAAUCUGCCAUAGUAGGAUUCCUUCAAAGUUCAGAUGAUUGGCAGAACAGUGUAAAUGAAUGUGCUAAAAUGGUGUGCCAUGGUGCACAUACUUAUGUAUACAGUCAAGUUAUAGUACACAUAUUAUCCCAAGAACCUAGAGGUGGAGCCAUAAUGAAGAGAUUGAGCCAGGAAAUUACUCGGUGUGCUCAACAGAGCGGUCACGACGUGACGCCCAUCACGCUGGCGCUGACGGCGGGCGAGUCGUGGCGGAGCGCGCGCACGGCGCUCGCCGCCAUGCUGUCGCGCGGCGCGCUCAACCCCGCCGACAUCUCCGCGCUGUUCCGCGCCUACACGCAGCCCGACCCGCCGCCCGUGCACCUCCUCCGGAUACCGCAGUUCUUGGAACUUCUAGUCGACUCACUGUUUAAGUUAGGCAGCAAAUUGAAUCCUGAACACAAAUCAAAGUAUAUGUACCUCCUGGCGUAUUCCGCGAGUGUCUGCGAAGGCGCCACCCCUGGCCGGCCUGUGAAGGAUGAACUGAAGGCGACCGUCCAAGCCAUAGAGAAGGUCCACGCUGUGUGCAGUAGCUCUGCCAGUUCUAGUGAGCUGAUAGCAGAGUUGCCAACACUCUACCAUUGCAUAAGAUUCCCCGUAGUCGGCAUGGGCGUGCUUGUAUGGGUGGAGUGCGUCGUCACGGAACCAUCUUAUUUCAAGCUGUGCACAGAACACUGUCCCGUCCACUUGGCUUUACUAGACGAAGUAGCUUCGUGCCACCAACUUCUUCACCACAGGCUACUCAAAUUAUUGGUACAGCUUUUUGAAUCGCCACAAGAUGAACUGGAAAUUUUAGUACAGCUGGAACUGAAAAAAAUGCUUCUAGACCGUAUGGUGAACCUGCUGAGUCGAGGCUGCGUGGUACCCGUACUGCGUUACAUCAAGCAGUGCUGGCAGCGCGGCGACACUGAUAUCUCGCUGAUAAGAUACUUCAUUACAGAGGUACUAGACGCAAUUGCUCCGCCAUAUACUCCCGAAUUUGUCCAACUUGUAUUGCCUAUGGUCGAAAACGAAGAAAUCACAGGUACCAUGCGGGCUGAGGGCGAAAACGAUCCAGUUUCAGAAUUCAUAGUUCACUGCAAAGCUCAUUAUUUUGUAAGUUAAGAAGAACCGAUGCUGUGGCAACAUUUGGCGAUUAAUUUAUAAAUUAAUCUUUAUGGAUAGAUAGCGAAAUGUGGUUAAAAUACCAUUUACAGUAUUGAUACCGAAAAUAAUUUAAAAUAUAGCAAAACUUCUUCCGAACUUUCGCCAGUAUUUUAGAAAUUCUUGAAUUUUGAGUUCGCCAUCACUUAUGACUAGUUAUUUCAACUGUGUAUAUCUCUCGUGGCGGUGAAAUAUGAAGAAUAACUAUAGAAAAUCAUAUUAACCGUAACCGGUGAAUCAAUAUAUAGGCUGAAUUGAAAUUUGACUUAUUUUUAUGUUAUGUAGUAUUAAGUAUGAUCGAAAAUUAAUAAUUAAGUUCUUGAUUUAAGUAAUAAAAUACAUCAGACAACAUUGAUUUUAUUUACCUAAAAUUCUAAUAUCCUCUAGUUGCUUUUCGCUCGUAAUAUCUUUGUAAGGCUUGCUCAAAUACUUCGCCUACAGUUCUUUUUUUCCAAAUAUCAAUUUUAGUUUUUGGCUCAAUUGUUGGUUCACUCUUCUUGGUAUCCGAUUUUUCUGCUUUUUCAUCCAAAUUUAUCUUUUUCUUUUGAUGCUCAUUGUUGUUAGGCGAAUCGUGAGAAAUUUUCUCGUCAGCCUUUUUAUUGGAAUCAUCUUCAUUAUCGUCACUAGAUUCUUCAAUUGAGAAAUCUGAAUCGGCAUCAAUAUUUUCUUCACAUUUUUUCAAUCUCUUUGAUCGAAUAUCACUUAGAUUUAACCGAUUAAUUUCAUCACCAGAAUCUGCAAUUUCACCAUCAGAGAGUUGCUCAGUAAUCUCAUCAGAAGUCUUUCGUUUUCUAUAAUUCCUUUUUUUAGGAACUUCCUUUCUUUGUGUUUCUUCAAGUUUGACCUCCAAAUCUUUUCUAUUAUGAAUGUCCGAUUUAUCUUGCUUAGUACUUGAUAAAUUAUUUGGCUUGACAGUAUUUUCAUCUGGACCCAAUUUUUGUUCAUAUAAAUGACGAUAGAAACCACCUUUAAGAAAAAAUGUAUUAAUUAUCAAUAUUUUACACAGUUAAAAAUAAUUAAUGGAAAUUUAUGGCCUCAGAUUGGUACAGUCAAGGAAGCAAUCCUUGAAUGUACGAAUUAGAAACCCCCAAUAUUUGAUAUCAUCAUCAUCUGAUGAUUCGUUUGGGUUUAGGAUGAAUUAUUAUUAUUUAAAAUUGAAAUUUCAUACCUAAGUCCCUUUGUUUCGUUACAUCUCCUAUACUUUCCAAAUAUUCUUCCCUUUUUUCUUUCUCUUCUUCCAAACUCAUUUCUUCUAAUUUUUUCUUAUAAGCAGAUGUAACAAAAACUUCUUUAUCAGCAAAUUCUUCACCUUCUUUUUCUCGCUCCUUCUGAAUCUAAUUUAAAAAGAAUUGUAUUAUUUUCUGGGCAUUUAUAAAAAAGAAACUUGCUAUUUCUCUAAUCUAUAUUUUGUGGCUACUUUAACCUUUUAAGCGCUUGGCUAAAUAUCAAUUGUCGUGCCCCUAGCGCGCCGCUACAAAUCGAUAAAAUAAUACCUACAAUAAAUAAGGAGGAGUAAUCGUUGUAUCGAUAAAAAAAAGUCAAAAAGUCAAAAAACGUCAAAUGUUGGCGUUAUACAAAGAUUCUGAGGGAUACUUUUCUUAUGAAUAAUAAGGGAAAAAAAUAGUAACACAAGACAAUAUGUUAAAUUUAACUUUAUUUCGUAUGACACUGUUUAUUUCAUGCUGAAUGAUGCAUUAUACCUGAUUAUUUAACUGUUUGUUAUUUUGUUUUUAAAAUGCGCAUUGCAUUGUAUCCCAUCCCUAUGGUCAUAUUUAUGCGACACGCGCGAUAGACACCGAAGAAAAGUCCGAGCUGCCAAUUACUUAUUUUUGUUUAAGUUUUUUCAAUGCUUAGAGCUAUGAAACAUAAUUUUAAGUAAUUGUUGUAAUAAAUAGCUCUAUUCAAUAAUAGUUUUAGUUAUACCACGAAAUUAAUAGGACGAUAAUAGAACGAAAAAAUCAUGGAUAUUCUCUGUCGCAGAAAUACGACACGGGCGGUAGGGGCACGGCAAUAUUUGUCGCAUAUAUGCGACUCGCGCGGUUAAAAGGUUAAAUAUGUUAAAAAUCCAUACUAAUUAUUACCUAAUAAUUAGUAUGGAUUUUUAACUAUAAUGUGAAAGUCUGUCUGUCUGUAUGUUAUACUGUAACAGCUGGUUCGAUUUUGAUAAAAUUUGGUAUGCAGAUAUUUUUUUUUUAAAUAUAAAAUUAAGUUUUUAAGUAUUUAGAUAUAUAGAAAUUCAGCAGUACAUAUUUUAUUAAAAAAUAACUGUUUGAUACUUACUUGUCGUUCAAUGCGACGCUCAUUUUCGAGCUUUCUCUUAUUUGCUGUUUUUAAAAGGUUCUCAAUGUACCGAGGUUUUUUUUCUUCUGUUGUUUUAACUUUUUUUUCAUCCUUUUUACUAACCAUAGCAUCAUAUAUUUCAUCAUAUUGAUAAACUGUUGGGUCUUCCAUUAGAGCAUUUUGUUGUGCUUUUUUAGCCUGAUAGGACAAAAAAAUUGAUAUAAAUAUAAUUAGUGAAAACAGACAGUGCUAGUCACUAGAAGGUUAGUUUAUUUCUUGUUGAUAAAAUCUUAGAUACAAUAAUACAUGACACAGUUGAACAUAGGAGAGUGAGUGGUAGCUCUUGAAUUAACUUGAUACAAUACAAUGGCCAGGGUUCAUAAUUGGAACCAAACCAUGAAUGUUUAAUAGAUAUAUUAAAUUAAUAAUGUUUGAGAUAAGAGAUGUAUAUUUUGAUUAAUACAAGUUCAAUACUGUCAAGUAUUGAACUUGUAUUAUACAAUACAAUAUUGUAAAAACAAGCUUAUAAACUUGGGAUUCUUCAUUUAGGCGAUGGGCUAGCAACACCUGUCACUAUUUGAAUCUCAAUUCCAUCAUAAAGCCAAACAGCUGAAUGUGGCCUAUCAGUCUUUUCAAGACUGUUGGCUCUGUCUACCCCGCAAGGGAUAUAGACGUGAUUAUAUGUAUGUACUGUCAAGUAAGGAGCAUGAUGGAAGGCAUGUCUGUCCAUUAGUACAGACUAAAACAUACCUAGUGAUGGAUAGUAAAACCACUAAUUAGACCCAUGAUAACACAUGCAUGAUUAUAAACUGUUAACUACAUAGUGUUCAUUAAACAGUGCACAAACUGUAAAGAAUAAGGUUUUAAGAAUUGUAAAUGUUUAAUAGGUACCCUGAGAUAGUGAUUUUUCUUCAAUCCAGACUAAAUGAGAGAAUUGGAUAAAAGAGAAAUCGAAUUUAUAGUGCAAAGUGGUUCUAUUCUACUCUGCCAAAAACCACACACAGAGCUUAAAAAUACAAAUUACAACAAAAAUCAAAUAAUUAUAACAGUACUAGACAAACUUACAACAAAGUGGUACAGGGGAGACAGAAUGAUCAAGUAUAGCUUUUGUAGAUGUAUCACACAAUAGAUCAGGUCAAUAGUACCCUUAAUUGUCAAGCUUGCAUGAAUGUGAAUGAAGCAAAAGAAAUGUAUAAGAAUUGUAACAAGUACUCCUCUGGGAAAAGGUUCUAUGUAUGUAUAUAAAAUAUGUAUAUAAAAAAAAUAUGAUAUAAAAAAUGCGGCAGUAUUAACUUGUCUGUUGAUGUUGUCACUAGGCCGCAAUAAAACAGGUUUCUUGAUGGCUUCAUCAUCAGAAUCAGAAUCAUUACCAAAGAUAUUACGAGCUGAUUGGAACACUGGCUGUUUUGUUUGUGCUUUCUCUGGCAUGAUUAGCCCAUAUCUGAAAAAAAAAAUAGGAAAAAGGUAUUUGUCCACCUCCUUGGUGCAAUAGUAGUGUACUUGCCUACGAGCUAGCUUAAUCUGUGUAAUUUUUUCUUGGUUUAUACAUAUAUAAUAAAAUAGAGGCCGCCCGCGACUUCGUCCGCAUGGAAACCCUAUCAAUCCCGCGGGAACUCUGGGAUAAAAAGUAGCCUAUGUGUUAUUCUGGGUCUUCAGCUACCAACAUACCAAAUUUCAUGGUAAUCGGUUCAGUAGUUUUUGCGUGAAAGAGUAACAAACAUCCAUACAAACUUUCGCCUUUAUAAUAGUAGUAGGAUAACUCCAUGUAAAUUCCACAUAUGCGCAUACUUAUUUUUAAUUAGAAAAAUAAUUGUUUCAACUAUUUCAUGUUGAUACUUAUUUACCUAUGUAAGAAAAAAAAUACCAUUGUACUUCAUAUUAUAUAUAUACUUACUUCUUCGAACCAGACAUCCCUUAUGUUGGUUAGCUCCUUAUUGUUGUAAACUAUACCUCGGAACCAAAUAAGUUUCAACUUAUAUUUUAUGAUAUUACAGUAUAAGCACCUAUUUAAAGUAGGUGAUAAUAUGUAUCUUU